AUGAAGGAGUUUCUCGAUUCGGACAGAGUCAAUUUCCUCGUUUGGAGGUAUCUUUUGGAAGGGAACUACCGCGAGACAGCAGUCAAAUUCCAAAAAGAAUGGCACGUCAGGGAGCCUCACCGGCACUUUGAUUUCGCACCCCAUGUUAAGAGUCAUGCACUCGUUUCUGUAGUCAACCGGGGCUUGCUCUAUUAUUCUCUCGAACGAGAAUACUUAAACUCUAAAACAGCAUCUAAAGACGAGACCCAGCAGUUUGGGGUAUUUGGGCCGCUCAUCACAGAACCUCCAGUGCGCCAUGUGGAUCAAGACGAAGACGCGGAGGCAAAGGCCGUGACAACAGUGACGGGAGCCGAUGAUGCGGAAGGCUUGCGCAAACGCCAGCUGGACAAGCAACAGCUGCAGCAAAACGGGGCGCCAGCGAAACGAACCAAGAUCGGAAAUGGGCACGAUGCUGCCGGCGUUGCUGAUGUCGCACCGCCAACUCCAAUGGAGAUCGAUAGCAGCGAAAACCAACACGCUUACCCGUCACCUAUGGAACGAGAACCCGCUCCGACGCCGGGACCACGAACCGAUGGUCCUGAGCAGGGUACGCAGAUCGAUAAAGUUCAGGAGCUGGCGCCGGAAACAAUUUUCCUGCGCCUGGCACCCGAUCAAGCCACGGGCGACGACCUGACCGAGCCGCUGCAGCCGGGACGCGAGAACCCCAUCGUCCUGCAUUGUGAGUGGAACCCUGCCAACCCGUCCAUAUUGGCGGCUUCUGGGUCAGAUGCACUAGCCCGGAUUUGGACACUUUCGCGUACUUCUGCCGAUCCCGUGGAUGAUCACGUGAAUGGAAGCAACCGUCCUUACAAAGACCUGGUCGACGAGGAUGUGCCUCAGACAUCGACUGUAACCACCAUGGCCUGGAACCCCGAUGGGACUGCGGUAGCGAUUGCGACAGAAACUGGUACAAAGGCCAGCGUCAGUAUCUGGGCUCCUGAUGGCACCGUCCUUAUGCGGUUCAGUGCACAAGAGGCCCCAAUGAUCAAGCUGCGGUGGAAUUUAAAUGGCACUUCGCUUCUCGGGGUCGGCCCCUACAACAGCGGGUUACUUAUUACAAUCUAUUCAGCUGUCACAUCGAACUCCACCUCUCAUUUCCUCCCCGACUUUCCCUCCGAACAUGACGCGCAACCGGAUCUUGAUGCGGCUUGGGUGAACGAAACCGAGUUUUUGGUGUGUGGAGGCGACCUGCUCCUCGCAUUACGAUGCAGUGAAUCAGGCAUUGAAAAGGCCAAGACGUUUGCAACAACAAAGGAUGAUAGUUUUGUACAGAUCCAAUACGAUUGGAGAAGCAAGAUUGCCGCCACAGCUAGCGAGAAAGGCCUGCUUGAUUCUCAGCUCUGGAACGAGGCUGGCGAGCGCCGCACAAUAUCCGCCCACAUCGGUCUCAUCACUUGCCUUAUGUGGCAACCGUUACAGUCGACGCCACCGGCAGAAGAACGGUUGUUAGCCUCUGGGGGCGAAGACGGUGCCAUCUCUAUUUGGAAUGCACGGCUGCCUGACAGUAAGCCCAAGUGCUCGAUGACAAUGGACCUACCCGUAGUAGCUCUCGCCUUCACCCCAGACGGUGCAUUUAUCGCGGGGGCCACAGCAGACCGCAUCUUGAUCUGGAAGGUUGGCGACCAUGCAAUCCCACGGGCCAGCUGGAGUAGAACUCCUCACCCAGGAUGGCUCAGUCCCAAGACCAACGGCGACGGGGAGAACAGUGAUGGCGUGGAUGAAGACAUUCACUGUUUAUGCUGGGACACAACAGGUCAAAAGCUGGCCUAUGGUGUAAAAAAUAGGCUGGCCGUGAUCAAUUUCCGCUGA